AUGAAUAAACUUAUUUUUAUAAUAAUAUGUUUAGGAAUUGUUGAUAAAACUAUAUCAAGUGAUUUUAAAAGUUAUAAUGAUGGUAUUUAUUCAUUUACCUAUGAUAACAUUUGUUCAUUUAAAAAUUCAAUUAGAGAUCAAGAUGUAUAUGAAUUAUAUUAUGUACAAGCACCAUUACUUUAUGCAACCUAUGGUAACCUUUUGGAAAAGAUAAAUGCAUAUCAUAGUGGAAUUGUAUUAUAUAAUAAAAAUAAUGGUCCAAAUAUUACAAUAGAUUAUUAUGCAAUACCAAGUUUUGAAGCUACAUUAUUUCCAAAAUCAAUUAUUAAAGAUUCUCAAGGUAACUAUAAUAUAACUUGGGAUACACAUGGAUUAAUUGAAGUAACCAAUUACAUAAAUGAAACAUACUGGAAUAAAAGACAAUUAAUAAUGUAUGAUUUAUCUGGUAUUCAAAUUAAACAAUAUUUAAGUUGGGCUCCAAUUUAUAAUAAAACCCAUACAUUUUAUAAUUUAUUUAAUAUUGAAUCAGAUUUAUCAAUAUCAAAUAGUAGUAAAAUUUAUAAAAAUAGUAGUACUUGUGAUGAUUUUGUUUGGGCAAGUUUUGAUGUACUUUAUAAAUUGGGUGGAACUAUUGCAAGUGUUCAAAGUGAUCCACAAAGGGAUGAUAUAAAAUUAUUUAUUUCAAGUGGAGAACCAAAAAUUGUAGAUUAUAAUGAUUCAAUAAAAAGAAAUCAAAUUGCAAGUUUUUUUAAUGAACUAAAGGAUUUUGCAAAUUUGGGAAAGAAUAAAACUGCUCUUGAAAUAUUCAAUGAAUUAAUUACUUUUUUUAAUGGUUAUUUCUAUUGUUAUAUUGAUGGUGAAUAUUAUGAAAUGAAACUUUCAAAACAAAAUCCAAUUUCAUUCACAUAUCUUCCAUCACCAAUACCAAUUGGAAAAAGAAAUUUUAAUGAAAUUAAAAAACUUGGUUUUUGUAAAUAA